AUGUCAAUCAGACUAUUUGCACUAGUCCUAUGCGUUUCAACACACAUAGUAAAUUCAAAAGUGCAUAAUAUCAAAGGAUGCAUAGUUAAAGUAAGUUAUAUGAUCGUUCUUCGAAUCAAAUUGGGUAAAAUUGUAUUUUUGAUAACUAUAGGUAUUGUAUGAUACGAGGAAUAUAUGAAUGAUUUUAGGACAAUGUAAUAGUGGAAUGCGAUGGCACAUACACACCAAUAACUGAAGAACAUGAAUUUAUUCUAGAUCAAUAUAUGGAUAGAUUAGCAGCGUAUUAUAGGCAAUUAGUAAGCAAUUUUUUCCUUUUUUAAGCCUUAAAAAUCCUCUUGAACAAUUUUUUUAAACUUGUGGCAUUUUAUGGCAUACACAAGUUUAAAUUUGUCAAUUUCAGUAUCCAACCGACGGUUCAAAAGCCAAAUUUGCGUACCAAUUGGAGUACCCCGAAUAUCCAAGACUUUGCAAAUGGUGCGACAUCCCGAAUUUUUAA